AUGACAUCAUCCACACCUUCUGCAAAGGACCUGAUCCUUCCUUUGUUGGCAGCCGUCGGCGGUUUGUUCAACAUCCCCUGUUCUAUCUCAGCCCCGGGCAAUCACGAGAGCAACACAUUUGAAGCCAUUCAGCUCAGCGCACAGGGAGGAGAACGACAGAGAAAAGAUGUAAUGAAACUUGCUGCCACCUUCGAAAAGCUGAUUGCAGAACGAAGGAAGGAGGAGAAGUAUCGUGACGUCAGCGUGGCCGACAUUCUUGGGGAGUUAGUGAAGGACUACAACUCGUACAAAGCAAAUGCCGCCUUGAAGAGGUGGCAAUUGACUCCAGAUCAACAAAGUGCCAUCUCAGGUGUGAUUAAUGGGAUGUCCGCUGAGGCACGUCAGUUGGUCAGGCAGCACUUGGACUUCAACAAGUAUGACGAGAGUGGCUACAAUGAAUCACUCUUGAGGAGCAAGCGGCAUCAGCUUCAUGAAGUGCCCAAAGGGAUUCCACCUUCCUGGAUUGAUCGCUUGACUGUGACCCAUGACUCUCAGACCCUUCACUUCAAACGCUACAACCAGUGGUGGGCAUCAAAUGCCAAGCGUGUGAAGAAAUCUGCACGGGCCAGACUGCGCUGGGGGGAGGAGCAGUGGGGCAAGAGCGUUGAUCAGUGCUGCCUUGUUGUGUGGGCCAUCAGAGAACGCAGCAAGAACCCAAAGGUGGCUCAACAAACUUCAUUAAACAAUAUCCAUUUUGUUGUUUUGCUUAGAGAUGUUGUGAAUGUUUGUGUUCUGUUUGUGCCAUUGGCAAGCAAAGGUCACUUCAGGCAUGCUUGA